GGCUCAUUAGACUAGUCUACAGCGAAGUGCGACUGCGUGACCUUCGCAAAACCGACGAAGAUAGGGAGCUAGCUUACCAAACCUGUGACAAAGUGCUAUUGGUGCAACCUCUUUGUUGCUCCUUGGACCUUUAUUAACUACCUCGUGCCCCAGUUCCUCAACCUCAUCCUAACAGAACACUAAGGAGGAAGAAAGAAAGGAAUAGAGGGGGGGAAUUCUCGAAUACAGUAAUCACCAUCUCCCCACCAUUCUAACGGACGGAAGUGGUAUCCCUCAACCUAUCGCUUCGGGGCUGCUAUCGGCAACUUUGAUCUGUCACCACUGUUGUUUGCUCGUCUUCUCGACCAAGUUUGCCGCUAUGGGUCUAGAAGAAGUCUGCUCUCCUUCUGACGGAAGCGACGAUCUCUCCGUACCGCCGUCUCCUCGGCGGUCGACUUCAUCUCUUCCAGAUCCUGCUACGGCCGCCCAGCCCCUACCCGCAGCAGAGAAGUUUCACCCCGCUGUCUACGUGGUAGUAUGGAUCAUUCUAAGUUCGGCCGUAAUCAUCUUUAACAAGUGGGUCUUGUUCAAUAAGAAAUUUCUUUGCCAUAGCAAUAUUCCUUACAACAUGGCAUUUGGUGUUUGCAACGAUCGCUACCCAGAUCCUCGCACGGACGACACACCUCCUUGA